CAUUUCUACCACAAGCUUGAAGUUGCCCCUCCAUAUCCAACUUCGUUCUUGCAAAGGACGUCUCUUCCUUGGGGCUUGCUCCUGUAGACCAUGGCAGCCUCCAUGGCCGAUGGAGACAAGACCAAGGCAAAGCCCAGUGCGUUACGCUCGAUCAUAGCUGGUUCAACAGCGGGCGCCGUCGAAAUUGGUCAGUGAUCCUGUUCCCUUGAUGACUUUGGUACCACACCCUCUCGUCGAUCUCCGAGGCGGUUGCAAUGUACGUGGCUCACGAGUAUAUGUGCGCAGCAAUCACCUAUCCGUUUGAUUUCCUAAAAACACGAUCCCAAUUGAAUCGUCACUUGCCGACCGAGAAAAAGCUCCCAUUGCCUCCUUUUCCCUCGAAAGAAUGGUACACAGGAUGCACGACAGCCAUCAUAGGUAAUGCCUUCAAGGCAGGUGUGCGCUUUGUCGCAUUCGACCAAUACAAGCACCUCUUAUCCGACGAGGACGGCCAGAUAUCCGGGCCUCGGACGGUAGCCGCUGGCUUUGGUGCUGGCAUCACAGAGUCCCUGUUGGCAGUGACGCCGUCAGAGUCGAUCAAAACACAAUUGAUAGAUGAUCACAAAAGGGCACAGCCGCGAAUGCGAGGGUUCCUCCAUGGCUCGUCGGUGAUAUUCAAAGAAAAGGGACUUGCAGGCUUUUUCCAGGGCUUUGUGCCCACGACAGCUCGACAGGCGGCAAACAGUGCCGUCAGAUUCAGCACAUAUACGAGCCUCAAACAAUUCGCGGAGGGUUAUGUAGCACCUGGUGAGAAGCUGGGCUCAGUGACGACAUUCGGGCUUGGAGGUCUUGCAGGUGUUGUCACGGUCUAUGCGACCAUGCCUCUCGACACCAUCAAGACUCGAAUGCAGAGUCUGGAAGCAAAGCAGGUGUACAAAAACAGUUUCAAUUGUGCAGCCUCGAUUUUCAAAAAUGAAGGAAUUCUCACUUUCUGGUCGGGUGCCCUACCACGUCUUGGCCGCCUGACCCUCAGCGGUGGUAUCGUUUUCACCAUGUACGAAAAGACAAUGGAGCUUUUGGACUCCCUGGACCCAGACAGAAAGUAUAUCUGAAAUGCUUUGGCAUCGACGGUUGGCACCAAGAGUAUCAAAUACCCUGCCUGGGAAAUGCAAAUAUGUACAUAAAAUUUAGUCGGCAUUUGGCCUAGGUUUGAAUAGGUCUCGGGAUCAUUGUCGUCCUGGGGCUUUGUAAGACUGGCGAUAUCUGGCUAUCAUGAAGCCAACAGCAUGAAUUGCUCCAUUUUGCAUCUUUGUAGAUGCUACCUAGUAGAUAUAUAAGAAGUAUCGGUAUGCCAACAACUGAAUGACAACAUGUA